ACCUGUGCCAGGAAAGAAGUAGUUGCCAUAUUUGUGGAAUGAAACAGUCAUGACACGAUCGGUCAGAUAAAAGGCCUCUUGUACACCAUCACCAUGGUGAAUGUCUAUAUCUAUGUAUAACACACGCUGGUGAUGCCUAAAAAAUAAAAAAAUUUGCCAAGGUGAAUGGGUUAUAUAACACAAGCUGGUGGUGCAACAAGUGUUUCACCAUGGUGAGAAUCUUCAAUACAAUACACUUGUGAUACCAGCAAAUACAAAUAGAAAACUUUUGAUAAAGUCAUGUUUGCCAUGGUGAAUGUCAUAAUACAGUAAUACACCAUGUCAUAGACACCUCGGUGAAAGUCUGAAUAUAGCACAGGUUGGUGGUACCUGUAGUGAUCGUUCAAGUAAUAUAAAAAAAAUUCAGAACAAUUUAACACAAAUCUGAACUUCUGACAUUGCUUUUCUUAGUUUCUAUUUUAAACAAAAAGAAUUUGAGAUUUUUUAAACUUAUAAACAAUAAAUCAUUAAAUGGCUAUGCAUUAAUGUCUACUUAUGUCUACUUAUAUCUUACAAUUCUGAUUAUCUUACAAUAUAUGAUUUAUAUCCAGCCUAUUUUUGGCUUAUUUGGCACAUUGUACAACUGUUUUAGAAACAGUAUAUUAAAAUCAUUUAACAAAGGAUGCUCUUAAAUUAAAAGGAGCACUCUCAUUACAAGUACAAUGUAUGUAUGACUGUUCGAACAUAAAACACCAUUUUUCUCAGUAGACUUGAUUACAAGGGAUGGCAGGUCAUAUCAAAACUAGGUUUUUUGCGAAGUACUUUUGGGUUGCUUUAUUUGUUUUUGAUUGAGAGAUUCCAGUAUAAUCCAUACAUGGAGUAAACCAUUAUAGAAUUGAAGCAAACAUUUCUUGAAGAGAAAAACAAAUAUUAAUUCUUUUCAUCGUUCAUUUUCAAACUGCAUACAAAUAUAACACAUGCAAAAUCAUGAAGAGAGUUACGAAAAAACUGAUCAUAAUUUCUAUUUUGAUGUUUUAUAUUCUUUUAUGGAUUAAGCUAACCGGGACACCUUUUGGAUAUGUAAGAUUAUACCCAAAGAGGAUUCCUCUACCUAAAUUCAACACUGAUCUCAAGGAGCCUUUAUUAACACUGUUCACUACAUUUUCAGAACGUGAACCUACGAGGUACAUCAUACAGAACAACACCAUACUGAACUGGUGUAACCUACAGCAAAAUCAUGGAUAUAGACUUGCCGUGUUUUAUUCUGCAAUGCACGCAAAAUCUACAUUAACAGAAACUCUUAACAAAGCAACAGAAAUCAUUCGAAAGCUAUCGGGGGAUAACAAGUUUCAGUGUAAUGUUCAUUCUAUCUUUCUCACAUCAAAAAUGAUGGCCAGAGGACGCCCAGUUCUAAAACGUAUGUAUAUUGAGGUUCAAAACAGAUGGCCCAGUUCUCUGUAUGCCUUCUGCAAUGGAGAUAUACUUUUCCAUGGAGAUAAAUUUGAUGCUUCACUAAAAACAAUUCAGAAUUACACACGACAACAACAUUUUCGAGAAUUCUUGAUAUUAGGUGGUAGACGGGAAAAUACAUUCUUCAGAAGUAAACUAAAUAAAACAAAAACGCUAACAUCUGGAAACGACACUGAAAUAUUAGAAAUUUUUGGGGCUGCACAUACCAAAAAGAAUUACCGAUACGCAAUGGAUUAUUUCAUCUGCUCCAAGGAAAGUUUCAACUGGCACAGGUUUCCAGAUUUUAUCAUCACAGUUCCAGCUUUUGAUUCCUUUCUCUUGGUUUAUGCAAACAAAAUUGGAGUCGUCACAUUUGAUAUAACAGAGUCAACAAAAGUAGUCCAUCAGUCUGGGGCACCUAAGGUAAAGGAUGACACCUAUAAAGAUGCGAGAGAACUAAACCAGUUUAUCUUCUUAAACACAAUGACUAACUGGACAUGGGCAAUGGUUAAUUUCAGAAAAUGUUUACAAUACAAAAGUAGAACAUUUGAAGGGAAAAUUUAUGUGGGCCCUAGCACGCUAUUUAAAAGUAAAAAGUGUUUGUACCCAAAACCAAUGUUUUUGCCAGUUUUAGAUGAGGAUGAACUUAAAUGGAAAAACCUUAGUUUGUAUUACAGGAAAGAUUUACGUUAUAAAGGUUAGAAAACAGUAGCAUUUAGUGGGGUCAUAUGAUGAAAUAAUAAAUAAAAAAGCUGAAAAAAUGGUGUAAAUAACCUGUUAAGCUUGGAUGCCCAUAAAAUAGACAUGAGCGUUUGUUAAUUCCUCCACUCUGGGAGCAAUGAUAAUUGAUCAAAUUUUGAUUAUGAGGAAUAUGCACUCUUGUAGUAGUGACAAAUCCCACACCAUAUAACAAUAUUGCAUGUCAAUGUAUGAUCUUGUUCGAUGUGGUAGGGGUCUCAUGCAUACCUUCCAAUGGUGCAUACCUUCUAAAACUUUGUCUUGGUUCAUCAAAGUAUCUAACUGACCAAAUACACUGGUAUAGUAUGUGGAACUGACCAACAACUUUGUUUCUGAUGCCAGAUAUGAAAAUCAUACAAAAAUGAUUAAAAAGCUUAUUUGAAUUGAACUAUUUAUAUAGCACAUGUACAUUUAUAUACUUCGUGACCUUGGUAAAUUAUCAUUUUGAAUAAUACCUAGUUUCCUGUUGUUGAUAUAACUUCUUCUUUUUUAUUAUUGCAAUCAUAGGAGCCCAUUAACCCUUCCAAAAGUUACAACUUUCCUAAGAUGAAAGAAUAACUUCAUAUUGUACCAUGUUGAACUUUUACAUUGCUAUGAACAAAAAAGAGAUUAUUAUUUGUUUUUUAGCUUUAUAGAUUAUUAGAACUGAGGAAAAAGUUUGGAAUCACAAAUUCAUUUAUGACAGAGGCAUUCC